AUGACCAUCCAACCAAAAGUCAAGACGGGAGGUCCAUUCACUUGGACUCAAAUUCAACAAAUUGUUAAGGCAAAUGAGCUUGAAUCAUUCGCAAGAAGUGAAGAGCAAUAUCACAGUUAUCAACAAUUCAAGCAUGAUUUGUCAUCACAGGGGAUUACGAUAAAUGAUCAUGUGCUUAAGGAUGAAUUACAAUGGAAACAAAGCGAUAUCAGAUAUCAAACAUCUACUUCGUCGCCACCGGAGUAUUCCACAUUACAACCACAAGAUUUGAUUUUCUACAAUAGAGACGAUGAAAAGAUUAUAUAUAAUAAGUUUCCUUACUACUUUGAAGAUUCGGUGGUUCAUUUAUGCAUUUGGUCGAAAUUAACCAUACCCAAUGAUGUCAAUUCGCCAGUGGGAGAUAUAUCACCAUUGACCAAACGCAUCAUCGAGCGAUAUUUGCAAAAGACGUUUAUUGAAAAGGGCGUCUCUCCCGAUGAUAUUCUUUGGUUCAGAAAUUGGUCGAGUUUACAAAGUAUUCGAAGUGUCAGUCACAUUCACGUACUUUUGCAUGAUGUUGAUGAACAUUUCAUUCAGAAACUUAUUGGCACUUCAGGAACAACUUUGACUUUGGAAGAUUACAAGGAGAUACUUAACGAAUAG